AUGGACCUACAAAGAAGAAUGUUCCCAGACUCCGAAAUAGCUGCGUGCAUGGCACUGAAGAGGAAACGAUGUGCUACCCUGGUUCAAGUCUUAGGGGAUCAUGCUUUAAAUGGAUUGGCAGCGAAGCUUCGGAAGUCUAAAUUUAGCAUAAUUAUUGACGAAACAACUGACUGUUCGGUAAAUAAAGCAUGCGCUGUAAUUGCUAAAUAUUUUGAUGUUGAUGAAUGCAAAAUAAAAAGAUCUAUGCUAGACAUCAUAAACAUUUAUGAAGGGAAUCGGGGUUCAUCGGGGGAAUCUUUAUAUAACAUGAUUUUGAACUGUUUAAAUGCUUUACAAAUUCCAUUGAGUAACAUAAUAGGUUUCGCUGCUGAUGGUGCCUCAAAUGUAAUGGGUACUGUUAACAGCGUAUCAAGUAGGCUGAGACAGCAAAUCAGCAUAACAAUAUUCCGAUGCGUUGCACACAGUAUUCACCUUUGCUCAAGUGAAGCAGCAAAGACACUGCCCCGAGUAUGUGAAGACCUCAUAAGGAAUAUAUACAAUUUUUUUUCUCAUAGUGCAAAACGCAAAUAUGAAUUUAGAGAAUUUCAAUAUUUCUGCCAGGUAAAACCUCAUAAGUUACUGCAUCCUUGUGCAACUAGGUGGUUAUCGCUUCAUCAAGCUGUUGCGAGUGUUAGAGCAGUGGCAGCCCCACAAACUUUAUUUCAAGCAAAUUGCAUUGGAGGAAAGAUUAACAGCUGUAGAACAAAUUCAUAACACACUUAACGACCCUUCAGUUUUUUGUUAUUUGCUUUUUUUGAACUACAUUCUACCACAACUCAAUAGUAUAAACAUAAUUUCUCAGUCAAAGGGACCCACACUCCAUCUCCUUCAUGACA